AUGGAAUUUAAUAAUAUUGAUUCAUUUGAUUUUACAUCAAAAUUAAAGUCUAGUCCCGUUCCAAUUUUAUUUAUUCCUUUUAAUAAUAAUGAUAAUAUAUGUAAUUAUUGUAAAAAUGAAUAUAUUGAAACAAAUUUAUUUAAACAAAAAUAUUGUAAAAUAUGUUUAAUACAAUAUAUUAAACAUAUGACAGGUAAAGAAAUAUAUUUGGAUGUACAUAUAAGGGGUUAUACUCAAUGUAUUGAACAUAAUAAACAUGAAGCAAAUGGAAAUACGGAUUGUUGUACAAGAAAUAUUCAUGAAUGGUGUAAAUAUUGCUCAGAGAUUUCAUAUUUUAAACAAGUGGUCACAAAAUCUUCAUAUAUUUCUUCUCUUCAGUCACAAAUUGAAGAUCCUUCAGAUCUUGCGACAAUCUAUUCUAAGGGAGUUAAUGAAUUUGCUGAUAAAGAAGAAUUUGGAUCCACAAUUAUUAUAAAAUCUAUAAUUUCUACUUUACUUAAAAAAGGAGGAGGUUGUGAAAUAUGUAGAGAAUCUAAAUUAUUACGUUCAAAUUAUUCUUAUUAUCAAAUUUCUUAUGAAUGGAAAGAAUCAACUAUAACUAAAAAUCCUAUCCCAAUUCUUCAUUUACCAUGGUGGGAUACUUUUGAUGACUGUGUAUCUUGUAAUAAACACCUAAAUUUUGUAUCUGAUUGUCAGAAAUGGUGUUCAUAUUGCUUUAUAAUUUAUUCUGGAUGUAGAUAUUGUUUAAUGACAAAUGUUAUUUUUGGAAUAAUAGAUCAAACUCAAUGUAAUAAAUGCAAAAGAGUAUCAUCUAUUGACGUUGAUAUUAGCAAUAACAUGGAUGAAUUUCUAAUAUCUACAAUUAACACUAAUCAUCAAAAGAUUGUCAAUUAUGUUAGUAUGAAAGAUUCUAAUCCAUUAAAUGUGUAUAAACAUAUUAAAGAUAAUUAUUAUUCUAUAAUAAAGUGGAUAUCAUAUUCUGAAAUCACAAAUUUAGAAAAAUUAUCGAAAGGAGGAUUUGGUAUUAUUUAUAAAGCAAAUGUUUCUGAAUAUGGAACGGUUGCUAUAAAAAGAUUUUCAAAUUCACAAAAUAUAACUGAUUAUUUUAUUAAUUUUUUAAUUGAGUUAAAAUCACUUCAUCAUUUUUAUAACCAUGCAUUUAUUAUUAAAUGUUACGGUAUUACACGAGACCCUAAAACGAAGGAUUAUAUGUUAAUAACGGAAUAUGCAAAUGGAGGAGAUUUACAUAACUAUUUGAAAAAUAAUUUUACAAAGAUUACAUGGAAUAAAAAAUUAAAUAUUUUAUGGAGAAUUUCAAAGGGACUUGAAUGUAUUCAUAAAUCAAAUUCUAUACAUCGAGAUUUUCAUAGUGGGAAUAUAUUAUUAUCAGAAACUUGGAAGAUUGGAGAUUUGGUAUUAUCACAACCUGUAAAUAAUAUGUUAUUAGAUAAUGUAAUAUAUGGAAUAAUACCUUAUAUUGCACCGGAAAUAUUUUGUGGUGCUAAAUAUUCAAAAGAAUCUGAUAUAUUUAGUAUGGGUAUGAUCAUGUGGGAACUUACGACAGGUUAUAAACCUUUCUCUAAUGUUGAACAUAAUAUGAAUCUUAUUUAUGAAAUUAUUAAUGGAAAAAGACCAGAAAUUACAGAUGAUACACCUAAAUGUUUUGCUAAAUUAAUGAAAAAAUGUUGGAAUCCUAAUCCUUUAAAAAGACCUUCUAUAACUAAAUUUUGUGAAAUUAUUCAAAGAUGGCAUGAUGAUUUAUGUUAUUAUCAUGAUUAUGAAAAUUAUUAUAAUCAACAAAAUAAAGAUGAAAUUGUUGAACAAUUUAAACAAGCAGAAAAAAUGAGAUUGGAAUUAAUAAAAUCAAUUAAAUUUUGUCCUAAAUAUCAUCCUGGUGCUAUUUAUAAUAGUAGAGAAUUAAACAAUUUGAUUACAAUUCCACAUUAUGUUACAAAAGAAUGUGAUUUUGAUAUGAAUAGUAUAAAAUUUUCAUCAAAGAUAAAUUCUACUGUUCAAAACUCGUUGAUUUAUGUUAGCAAGAUAUCAAGAAAGCGUAAUUUUGAGGAAUUAGAAAUUGAAAUUCAAACCAAUGGGAUUCAAAAUCAAAAACGAAUUCGUGUUGAAGCGUAA